AACAUGUUUCGGGGUUCUUACGACUGAAUGGAAGACUUUUUGUAUUUACAUGCUAUGAUCUUCCCGUCGAAACGCAAGUUAACCAUGUAGCAUCUUCGUCUUCGUUUCUGGACUUUUGGCUGUCAUAACAGCUGCUUCUUCAAUCUUCUAUCCUUAAGUGAGCUGUUCGUGUCAAGAUGGGCGUCGCGACGGUUCUCCAGACUCGCGAGAGCCUCUACGACAACAGAGCCGGGGAACUGAAUGGCACUACAACGGCAUUGCUCGUCCUCGCCACCGCCUUUGUCGGCUUGCGUUUCUGGGCUCGUUAUCUCAACCGGGCAAGCUAUGGUUCUGACGACUGGAUGAUGGUUGCUGCGCUGAUAGUCGUUUUUAUUUCUGGCGCAAUCAACUAUGCUAUGGUCGCUCAUGGGCUCGGCCGACACGCCGACACGUUGCCGAUAGACGAGCUCGUUACCUUCUUCAAGCUCCUCCUCGCAUUCGAGUGCAUAUACGUCACAACAGUGAUGCUCGUGAAACUGUCUGUGCUCCAGAUGUACCUGCGCAUCUUCCCAUCACGCGGGUUCAAGAUUGCUGCAGCAAUCAUAGCUGCGCUCGUCGUCGCGUGGUGGAUCGCCAUCGUCGCCGUCUGCAUCUUCCAGUGCAACCCCAUCAGUAAGGCUUGGUUGCCGUGGAUUGACGGCACUUGUAUUGACCUUAAGGGUUCCUUUAUUGGUAAUGCCAUCCCGAAUAUCGUCACGGAUGUUGCAAUCCUGUGCAUGCCUAUCAGGCAGGUCUGGAAGUUGCACGUCACCCUCGCACAGAGGCUGUCUCUGUGCUUCAUGUUUUUGCUCGGCAGUUUCGUAUUGUUCUCUUCUAUAUACCGCUUUACCACCAUCAUGCAAUUCGACACGAGGGACACAACUUGGACGCUUGCCACGGCGUGCACGUGGUGUGUGGUUGAGGUAGCUUGCGGAGUUAUCAGCGGGUGCCUGCCAACGUUGCGGCCGCUCAUGGGUAAAAUCUCGAGCCAGUUCGGUAGCAUGACGAACAGCAAGGCGGGGCAGGGUAGCGGCAACAGCAGAGCUUGGCGGCCGACCGAGCUGAUCACCAUCGGCGGAACUGGAGGUAGCAAAUCGGGAGACAGAUACUUCCAACGACUGGGAACCGAAGAGGACAAAUACCGCACCCGCAAGGCUAUCACUAGGUCGGAGUCCGUAUCCAAACAGAUCGGCCAUAGUAGUGAUCCGGGUUCGGGAGAUGAACUCCCCGUGAAUGGUGGAAUCAGGGAUAAGAACAACCUGGACAUGGAGAUCCAAUGGCAGGGUCAGACAUCGAACAAAUGGGAAUCGAAUCGAUAGAUUCAUUCGAUGACAAGUCUUACGAAUGUCGAAUCGAAUUUCUUGGCGUUCGAUCAAAAAUCGAUCGAGUCGGUCGAACAGGGCUACGCGAUGGCAGGGGGCAGGUUUAGCGUGAUUGAUUGACGCGUUAAGAGGCCACUGGCGCGAUCCUCCGACGCGACGAGCGCAAUUCGUUCAUCGCCGGCCACGGUCCGGUGUGUCAGACAAUUGGCUCCACAGG